CUAUAGUCUAUGAACUCCUCAGAGAGGUUAAGUAAUUCAACAUUUUACAUGUGACGUACUUGGAAUGUGUAUGUGUAUUAAGCAUACACGUGCUUCACAAGAGCAGUCUGAAUCUAACCGUAAAUUAAUUUACAUCGAAGUUCCUUUCAAUUUUUUAUAGUACACCAAUAAAGUAUUUGUGUACAGAUAUCUUAACAAAAACUAAAUUAUUACAAUGGCAAUGCAAGUUCCUACAAAUGUGGAUCCUGAACAAAUUAAAUCGGUCCGAGAUUUUGUGACAUCCUAUAAUAAACUGAUAGAAACUUGUUUCAUUGAUUGUAUAAAUGACUUUACUACACGAGAUGUCAAAGCUAAGGAAGAAACGUGUUCUCUAAACUGCAUGGAAAAAUACUUGAAGAUGAACCAGAGGAUAUCACAACGGUUUGAGGAGUUUCAAAUGCUUGCUAAUGAAAAUGUACUUGCUGCGCAAAAAAAAAUAACAGAGGGUAAAAAGUUUUGAACAUUGUAUUAAUAAAGUAUAUAAAUUAAUUAUUUUUAAUA